GAAAAGUGCACAGUCUGUAAAAUAAAAUAAAACCAUAACAGUGGCUUAUUCUGCGCCCCACCGCGUAUUAUAAGAUCUUCACUUCUUCCUCUUUCAUACGAAUCCGCUCUAUCACUCUUUUUCUUUCAACACUAUCAUCAUCCCACUCUCUCUUCCCUUUCACAAUUGCCAAAUUACCAUACUCAAAAUUCAAUAUACCCACUAAAACUUUGCAAAAUUGGAUUUCUUUUUGUAACUAGAUCUGGAUCCCUCAAGUUCAGGUGGUCUCAUUUUCAUUGAUCUUUAGUGCCAGGUAGACUUGUAUAAUCCACAUACAUAGGAGUGUGUGUAAUAUUGUAAGCAGAAAGAAAUCAUGUCAAGGAGACCUGUAAAUCCUACUCGCCGUUUGGUGGGAAAUGGAGGGUUUCCACUCGUGGGAGCGUUUCCAUCAAAGACACGCUCGUCUCCCUUGGUUUCCGUUACCCUUGUGGCGUUGGGUGUAUUUCUUAUUGUUGGGUACCUAUACAGUGGCACGGGUAAAAAAGACAUUGUUAGCAGGAUGGAAGGUGAGUUUUCUGGAACACUAGAACUUCAGAAGGCAAUACCUCUUCUGAAGAAAGCUUACGGUGAUGGCAUGCACAAGGUUUUGCAUGUGGGGCCUGAUACUUGUUCCGUGGUUUCUAAGUUGUUAAAAGAAGAGGAUACUGAGGCAUGGGGCGUGGAACCAUAUGACUUAGAGGAUGCAGAUUCGAACUGCAAGAGUCUUGUACGGAAAGGCAUUGUACGUGUUGCUGAUAUCAAAUUCCCAUUGCCAUACAGAUCACAGUCAUUUUCAUUGGUUAUCGUCUCAGAUGCAUUAGAUUACCUUUCACCAAAAUACCUGAACAAAACUCUUCCAGAAUUGGCAAGAGUGGCUUCUGAUAGCAUAGUGAUAUUUACUGGUUUUCCUGGUCAGCAGAGAGCCAGAGUAACAGAGCUAUCCAAAUUCGGACGCCCGGCUAAAAUGCGCAGUCAAUCCUGGUGGGUGCGUUUCUUCGUUCAGAUCGGGUUGGAAGUAAACGAAGCUGCUGCUAAGAAGUUCGAUCAAGCUAGCACCAAAGAGUCAUACAAACCAAGCUGUCAAGUUUUCCACCUGAAAUCAUUCCAUUGAUUAUAUUAUUACAAGGGCUUAAACCAUUGUUAGAUUCUUGAUGCAUUUUAUAAGAAAGAGAAUGCAUCAAACCACAAACAGAGAGAAAGGAUACACACCUUUUGUUGUGUUAGUACUAGUUUGGUGUAGAAUAUGUUGAUUCAAAAUCACCUUUUGUUGUGUUAUCCACGAUUUUACAAAAUUCAUACGUUCAAUAUUUAUUAAUUAAGGCGCGAUAAUUAUUCCUUC